CAGGAAGUGUCAUUCCUUCUCCCUCUUUUAUACCCUUGUCAUCUUAGUCGCUUAUAUCCUUAAUCUUGGACAGUAGCUUCAUUUGAUGAAUUACCAGACAAACACCAGAAUCUAUGUCCUAUAAAUACUUAUCCUAUAAAUACCAUCCUUAAACCUUAUUACUAAAACCAACUCAGGAAGCUCUUCACCGAUCUUGUUUAAUCUUUAAGUAUUCACCAAAACCUAACAUAAACAAGCAUGGGCUUCGCAAGCUUCACUGAUGAGUACACUUCCCCUAUUGCUCCAUCAAGGCUCUUCAAGGCCUCCAUCGUCGACUCUCACAACUUGAUUCCAAAACUCUUGCCCCAAGGUAUCAAGAGCAUUGAGCAUAUUCAAGGUGAUGGAGGAGCCGGAAGCAUCAAGCAAAUCAACUUCAUUGAUGGUCGCACUUUUAAUAGUGUGAAGUACCACAUUGACGAGCUGAGUGAAGACAAGUACACAUACAACUAUACGCUAUUGGAAGGCGAUGCCUUGGUGGAAAAUCUUGAAAAAAUAACUUACGAGGUCAAGUUUGAGUCGUCUCCUAGUGGCGGUACCAUCUCUAAGGUAACAAGCAAGUAUUACACCAAAGGAGAAUUCAUGCUUAAGGAAGAGGAUAUCAAGGCGGGCAAGGAAAAGGUUCUGUCCAUGUACAAAGUUGUUGAAGCCUACCUCAUUCAAAACCCUGAUGCCUAUGUCUAGAGGUUUUGUUUUCUCAAUAAUUGUUAUGUUCUCUCCAAUAGGUUCAUAAACAGACAUAUGGUCUGUCUUGUUGUUUUCAGUUUGAUUUGUACUUGUUUGUCCCGGAAUAAGGAGAGUUUGGUUCUUAUAA